AUGGCACCCGAUGGCUUCCUACCAAACGCACCCUACAAGACAUACAUCGGGCUCAUGCUCUCCUGCCCCCAGAUCUACAACGAGAUGACCUCCGAAGCCGUCCGCCUGGCCCCUUCCAUCCUACGCACGAUCCAGUUCUCCGUCAACGCAACGCCAAUGAAGCUACAACCGCUCCGGCCGACGAGCUUCGCCUCGCUGAUGCACCUCACGAUUGGAAUACCGCGCUGGGCAAUGCUCGAUCGGCCUACUAUAAUGGGCAUUCUGCAAGCCAUGGCACCAGUACUAGAGCUUCACCUGGCCAGACUGACCAUCGGAUUAGAAGACCUAGAAGGCGAAGACGAUGUCUUGCACAUGGUCGAGACACUGAAUCCGGCACAAAUCGCGCGUUACAUGAGCCAACUGAUGCUCGAAAACCCCUCGUUGGAAAAGGAGCGAUGGAUGGUUCACUGGAGGGAUGAUAAGGGCAAGUUGAGCUGGUCCCUGAAGGGAAAACCAGGGCUAUAUGUAUGGCUGAAGUUGAAAGAGAAGCGAGAGAGCCGGUUGAAGAGGGCUGUGAAAAGCUUGUUCAGGCAGACCUAG